CUAUGACCAAUCAUUCGCCAAUUAAAAGCCGCUCUGGUUCUUCAUUCCAUAUCCUCCCUCGUCACUCCGCCACAGUUGUUGAUAGGCUUCGUCAACUUCAGCUGAUUUUCCUCUUCCGUUCUUUUCCUUUCGAGUCUCGUCCAGGAUGGGUGCGAAGAAGGACGCCAAGAGCACGUCCAAGGCUCCGGCCAAGGCCCCCAAGAAGAAAGAAGGCGGGGGUGGUGGUAAGGCCAAGAAGAAGAAGUGGUCCAAGGGCAAGACGCGCGAUAAGCUCAAUAACUUGGUGUUGUUCGACCAGGGCACAUACGACAAGAUGUUGAAGGAGGUGCCCACCUACAAACUGAUCACACCCUCCAUCGUGAGCGAGCGCAUGAAGGUCCGUGGCUCGUUGGCCCGCAAGGCCCUGACCGAGCUCGUGCAGAAGGGACUUAUCCGACAGGUGGUUCAACACUCCGCUCAGACCAUUUACACCCGGGUCAUUAAGGACGAGGAUGACGCCGAAUAAUCGGCUCGCCGUCAUUAUGUCGUCUUUGAGUGAUGUCUGAAUUUGUUUAAAUAUACCUUCUUCAAAGAA